AUGAAUGAGUCCUGGAGACAGCUGAUAUCCAGGACCGGCCUGCUUUUUGUGCCAACAGUCAUUGACCGGCGUACAGUAGAGCUGCGUCUCACCGAGAACUUCAUCACGUCGGUAAGGAGGAGGGACUUUGCAAACAUGACAAGUCUCCUGCACCUGACGCUGUCCCGCAAUACCAUCAGCCAGAUUAUGCCUUACACUUUUGCCGAUCUUAAGCGGCUGCGUGCGCUGCACCUAGACAGCAACCGCCUGAACAUCAUCACGGAUGACCACUUCCGAGGACUCACCAACCUCCGGCACCUUAUCCUUGCCAACAAUCAACUGCACAACAUCUCCCCACAUGCGUUUGAUGACUUUUUGGGGACUCUUGAAGACCUGGAUCUCUCGUACAAUAACCUGGUGGACAUCCCUUGGGAGACUAUAGGACGCCUCACCAAUGUGAACACUCUCAACAUGGACCAUAACCUCAUAGAGAACGUCCCUCUUGGAGUCUUUUCGAACCUACACAAACUAGCCCGUUUGGAUAUGACAUCCAACAAGCUAAAGAAAAUACCCCCUGAUCCCUUGUUCCUUAGGAUACCAGUUUAUGCCAAGUCAAAAGGGUCACCCCUUUCCUCCCUCGUCCUAAGUUUUGGAGGGAACCCACUACAUUGUAACUGUGAACUACUCUGGCUAAGGAGGGUAACGAGGGAGGAUGACCUGGAAACUUGCGCGUCACCACCAGACCUUACGGCAAAGUACUUUUGGACUAUCCCAGAGGAGGAGUUCAUCUGUGAUCCCCCUGUGAUUACAAGAAAAUCUCCCAAAACCUUCACCAUGGAGGGCCAGCCCACCAGUCUUAAAUGCAAGGCCAAUGGGGACCCAGACCCAGACAUUCACUGGAUAUCCCCAGAGGGCCGUCUAAUCUCUAACACUUCCCGUACUUUAAGCUUUAGCAAUGGGAGCUUGGAGAUCAACAUCACUUCAAUGAAGGAUACAGGAGUCUUCACCUGCAUUGCAUCUAAUGCCGCGGGGGAAUCUACAGGCACGGUGGAGUUGGUGGUCAACCCGCUGCCACACUUAGCUAACAGCACUAACCGAAUCCGAGAACCUGAUCCAGGACCAUCCGAUAUUCUAACCUCUGCAAAGUCGACUUCAUCCGUAAGCAAUGAGACCAGGUCUCAGGAGAGGAAGGUGGUACUUGCUGAACUCACGGCAAAUUCUGCACUCAUCAGGUGGCCUUCACAACAACAUUUCCCUGGAAUCAGGAUGUAUCAGGUUCAGUACAACAGCUCGGCAGAUGACACUUUGGUUUACAGGUAA